AUGAACAGGCAGUUCGCCUAUCCCAAGGGCUACAGUGCCUAUCCACGAGGAGGAGGCGGGACCUUCUCGAUAUCACCGCAUAAAUUCCAACCUCGCUCACAGCCCGCCUUGCGCCGGAGAAGACAGCUUUUCGUCAAAUUAUCAGCCCUCGCUGGCCUUUCGCUACUUCUUUUGUUUCUCUUGGUUCCCUCAUGGCGCGCUCUUAUUCUACCUUCCAUAUCGGUCGGUCUAUUUUCUUCCUCUCACGACGACCUUUCCCUAGAGACCGUUCGCUACUAUGACCUUUCCGACACACAAGGUACAGCCAUGGGAUGGCAUCGGGAAGAGCGGGUUCUCAUGUGCACUCCGCUGCGUGACGCCGCCGCCCAUCUGCCCAUGUUCUUCUCGCAUUUGCGCAAUUUGACUUAUCCGCACCAUCUAAUCGACCUAGCGUUCCUGGUGUCCGAUUCGAAAGACGAUACCCUCGAGUCACUUUCAGCGCGGCUUACGGAAUUGCAGAAUGAUCCGGACCCCAAGAUGCCCUUUGGCGAGAUCUCGGUUAUUGAGAAGGACUUCGGCCAGCAGGUCAACCAGGAUGUGGAGAGUCGUCAUGGUUUCGCGGCGCAGGCUGGUAGGCGGAAGCUGAUGGCCCAGGCGCGGAAUUGGCUUCUCAGUGCGACAUUGCGGCCAACUCAUAGCUGGGUUUAUUGGCGGGAUGCUGAUGUUGAGACGGCUCCGUUUACUAUCUUGGAGGAUUUGAUGCGUCACAAUAAAGAUGUCAUUGUUCCGAAUGUCUGGCGACCACUCCCCGACUGGCUCGGCGGAGAGCAGCCAUAUGAUCUGAAUUCGUGGCAGGAAUCUGAGACCGCACUUGCAUUGGCAGACACCCUAGACGAGGACGCUGUCAUUGUUGAGGGGUAUGCAGAAUAUGCCACCUGGAGACCGCACCUGGCGUAUCUCAGAGACCCGUACGGCGACCCUGACAUGGAACUAGAAAUUGACGGCGUGGGGGGUGUCAGUAUUCUGGCCAAAGCCAAGGUGUUCCGGUCAGGCGUUCAUUUCCCUGCUUUCAGUUUUGAGAAACAUGCAGAAACCGAGGGAUUUGGAAAGAUGGCCAAACGCAUGAAAUUUUCUGUCGUCGGGCUUCCGCAUUACACAAUAUGGCACUUGUACGAGCCUAGCGUUGACGAUCUUCGACACAUGGAAGAAAUGGAAAUCGAACGACAGCAACGCGAGGAGAAAGAAAAGGAGGAAAAAGCGGAAGCAGAACGCCAACAGAAGAUGAAACAGGACACCAAAGAAGAAUACGAACAGGGCAGCGCUACAGCUAAGAAGAACACCGACAAAGCAGCGGGACAAGAGGCUGACCAAAGACAAACAGAAGCAGAAUCAAGCGAGAAAGAAUCUUCUGCGAAAGGAGAGAAAGAGGAUGCUAUCCCCAGGAAUCCGGAGAAAGAGGGUAGUAGUCAGGAUAAAUCCAACGAUAAGACAUAUUAA